CAGAGAGGGCUCCAGUCGCCGGCGGCCAGUGACGUCUCGAUGCCGACAUUGAACCGAUCAACUGCGGCCAGUGUAGUCACAGUCCAGUAUGUGGGGCUCUCGACUGACCAGUUCACAUUUCCACCGGGUUAUAGCGAGAAGCAGGUGAUAAUGGAUUUGGAGUCCCUCCAAUCCUUGAAGAAGGCCACGGUCUCCACUCUACGGUGGCUGCGGCUGCUGCAGUCGUCCUUGAGGCGCCUGGACGUUUUCGGACCGGGGGAGACGGGGGAGCCGCUGACACUGGUCCGACCGCUCGACUUUGGGCUGGUGGUCGUCAUAAAACAGGCGGGAGAUGACGUCAUCGACCAGCUGGCCAAGAAGCUGGGACCACGGGCUGGUUGGGCUGGGUUGCUGGUCAUGUUCGACUGCCUGCGUGUCACUGCCGGGGCCCUACAGAGGCUGCUGCCCGCCCUCACCGGCCUGGAAGACGUCACACUUGACGGCUCUUUGUCCGGCGCAAUCACUGACGCCUCACUGGCCGCCCUCCACGGCUGCUCCCAGCUACGUACAAUGCAGCUGGGAACGCCCAGGGAACUCUGUACGGAUGUACCGGUCACAGCGGUCAGCAGACUGGUGGUUACCUGUCGGAGACUGGAGUGGCUGAUUUUUCACGCAACGAAGGAGCUCAGUCAGUCGGUACUGGACGCCCUGGUCCGGGCAGACCUGGGGAAAAGAGAUGACGGCACGCCGAGAACACUGAAGUUCGCUGUCCCAGCAUCUGUCUGUGAGAAGCUAAAAAAACCACCGUUCACCAGCAGCAUCAAAGUCUGUCAGCUUGCCUAGGGGUAUCAAUCGAAAAUACCACGCCGACUCAGAAUGCGCCUACAGCAGUCAUCCUCAGCUUGUUCACCCUUGGAUUGGAAGGAUCCGAGAAUAUGACGGACAAAUGGGACGACAGUCGGCCGGGCUUCAUCACCAACUGGGAGCUGGUGAAGCUGCGCUCCUUCAGCAUCAGCGUGCACCGGGUGGAUACAGUGGGGUCGAACACCAUUAUUCCAUUCAAAACUGCGCUGGUUUAUCACAAGACACGUGUUCGAAAAAGUCCAUGGACUUCUCGUGUGUUUUUUUAUAUACAGGUAGACAAAGUGUGAAUAUAAUGGCGUGAUACAUUACAUUACAAGUGAGGCGUGAAAUAUGGACCAGGAAUUUGUGUGUGUGGUUCCACAGUGCGCCAUACCAUUGAACUCAACACACUGAUUACGGUGGACUUUGAAGUGAGCGAAUAACGCACUGUGCGGUGUUUACUUUCUGUCGAAUGACUUGUGUGUGAAAUAUCACUGGUGGAUAUAACACAUUGGCACGUGCUGUGGGGGCCUGCGUGGGCGCUGUUUUGUAGAAAUUUAUUAGCAAGCUUCGGUAUUGGGCUUGAAACAAGCGCUACGUAGGUUUAGAAGUGUCCAACAUUGUUGAAUGUUGGACAUACCUAUGCGACUUUUUAUAUGGAGGUAUUGGGCACAUGGUAUUGGGGUAUUGGGGUUAUAUGCCGAUAAAACGUGUGUGCGUACCUUUGUUGGUACAUCUGAAACAUCUGAAAAGUCGUUGAUGUGCUCUGCUUGUGCUAAGGACUGUGCUGUUUUGCAUAAAUUCAUUCCAAUAAUUGUGUGAGGCUUCAUGCAACUCUAGGUAUCGUGAUAUAGAUGGCUAAAGUAAUUACGUCCUAGUUAUAGCUAUGAGCUAGCUAAUUUCAUUGCAGUUUUUGUUUGUGUGUCUGUAUGAUGUGUGUGUGGUCACCAACUGUGCCUGCGUUAUAUCUGAUAUUAACAGGAACGCUCUUGAGAUUACAUCGGGAGUAUAAUCAGCCCCUUUGUUUAUGUAGAGACGGUUUUUUGAUCCGCUUAUCCGACCCGCAUACGGUG